CACACACAUCUUGUCCUUCUCUGCAUGAUCUCCGACCAGCUGCAUCAUGCCAAACGAGCUAUACUGCCAAUGGCUCAAAGAAUGGACCGAGCGCGCUCGCGAACAAGAGUCAAAGGGUGUUCAUACGCUCAAAAGGGCUUAUGACUCGAUGCGUGCCUGUCCCUUUGAGAUUGGCCAUCCUUCACAGGCCAUCUCGCUCAAAGGUCUAGGACCUGCGCUCUGUGCUCGUUUGGAAAAGAUGCUACAGCAGUAUUGCCAGCAGACUGGUACCGAGAUGCCGACGAAGCCUGGACGGGCUGCACCGGUAGCUGCAGCUUCACUAGCAGGCGCAUCGGUACCAAGUCCUCCCUCGACGGAUGAAGAGAGUGAAUUAGAUCAGCGCCCAGGCGCAGCAAAGAGACAUAAACGGACAAGUGGAGCAGAAAAGGCGACCAAGGCUCCGAAAGCUCCCCGAGCCGUGAAACCUUAUGUCCCUGCACUUCGCAGUGGACCAUACGCUAUUCUUAUUGCUCUUUCCGAUCCAAACUCUGGGCGUAGCAUGACGCAGGCUGAAAUCAUUCGUCUUGCAGAACCCCAUUGCGAUGGCUCCUUCCAGGUCGCAAGUGAUGGCAAAGGCUACUACACUGCCUGGGCAUCUAUGAAGACAUUGGUUGCGAAAGGAUUUGUGGAGAAACAGGGACGCCCACAGAAGUACUCGCUCACCGAUGAUGGCUUUGCUAUUGCUGUGCGCAUCAGAAGUAGUGCUGAUCCUUCUCUCAACUUGCGUUUGCCUGAUGCAGAGCGCAGACUCGCUACAGCCACACAAGCACCUGCGUCCAGUGCUGCCGGUUCCACUCGACAAGUCGUUGAUGCAGCUGCUUUUGACAUCACACAGUCCUUUACACCUGUCAUCAUCCCAGCUGGCUCGUUCAAGGUCCAACUCGUAAUUGACAAUCGCGAAGUCAUAACGCAAAAGGACCGUGAUUUUAUCGAGGCAUCUCUGUAUAAGAGUAACAUUGAGCUCAUUCAACGUUCUCUCAAGGUAGGCGAUGCGCUAUGGAUAGCCAAAUGCAACGAUGGUCGCGAAUUUGUGCUCGACCAGAUUGUUGAGCGUAAGCGCAUGGACGAUCUCGCAGCUUCCAUCAAGGACGGACGCUGGCAAGAGCAACGAUUUCGCCUGGCAAAAUGUGGUGCGCAGCAAGUCAUCUACAUCAUUGAAGAAUCGCAUGCUGCAAAUGUUGAGCUCUUUGCAGAGGCCAUGACAACUGCUAUUUCGACAAUGCAGGUCGCAGAUGGGCAUUUCGUAAAGCGCGUACCAUCGCUUGAUGGGACCAUUAAUUACCUGGCUACGAUGACCAAGAAGCUCAAGUCUAUUUAUGAGGGUCAGACACUGAAGGCAUUGCCGGAUCACAUGGUCGACAGUCGUGCGUUUGUCCAACUCUCUGAACACCUCAAUAAGACUCAACCUGGCACCCGCUACUUUCUAAGCUACGACGCUUUCGAUGGCUUGAAUCAGAAAUCAAGUAAUAUGCGUGUUGGUGAUAUCUGGAUUCGUAUGCUCAUGUGUAUUCGUGGCGUCUCUGCCGAGAAGGCGGUCGAAAUCCAGGAGCACUUUCCUACUUUGUCACUCUUGCUACAGGCUUAUGCAAAAUGUUCUUCCCAGCAGGAACGCGAGAAGAUGAUGGCUGAGCAAUGUGCUGGGUUUGGCAGGAAGAAGAUUGGCAAUGCAUUGUCAAAGAAUGUAGGCUUCAAUGCUGCAUGUGCACAGCUAAUAUACAGAUUGCCGAGCAUUUUGCUUGAGAGUGCUCCAGUGGCCAGCGGUAUCUAGCCCUGGUAGAUUGGCUUUGCUUGCGAAACCUCGAUAACGUGGCCGUCGGGGUCUCGUAUGAUAAAGUGCUGUUGACCCCAGCCGCGGACCA